CUGGGGACCAGGAAUGUUUUUAUUAAGUGCCACUGUGUUUCUUUUUACAGAAGUGACACAACUAGAGGAUUCGUUUGCAGAAACAGAGACCAAUCAGGGAAGAUCUGUAAUGAUUAUCGCAUUCGUUUCAGCUGCCCUCUUUCUUUCUGUGGGGUACAAGGUAGUGUGUGAGCACAUUCAUGUGCAGAGUAAAGCUACUAAUGGAAAGAUUAUUUACCCUUCUGUUCAUCGUUUUUGUGCAUAAUCAUUCUUCCAGAAUGUUGCUUUUGCUCUGCAGUUUCCCACAAGUCAUCAUCUCUCUUUUAUUGCUCCGUGCAGCGUGCUGGACAGACUGGUUUGACAGAGAUGACCCCAGUGGAACUGGGGACUGGGAAAUUCUCGCCAGUCUUCGCAUAGCGAACCCAGGAAAGAUCUGCCUAACACCAGUAGAUAUUGAGGUCCAAACUUUAACUGGGCUCAGCAUGAAUGUAACAGGGGAUGUGAUUUAUAAAAGUGACACAACAGGAUUCGCCUGCAGAAACAGAGACCAAAGGGGGAAGAUAUGUAAUGAUUAUCGCGUUCGUUUGAGCUGCCCUCUUUCUUUCUGCGAGGAAAAAGCGUGCUGGACAGACUGGUUUGACAGAGAUGACCCCAGUGGAAGUGGGGACUGGGAAAUUCUCGCCGGUCUUCGCAAAGCGAACCCAGGAAAGAUCUGCCUAACACCAGUUGAUAUUGAGGUCCAAACUCUAACUGGGCUCACUGUGGCUCAAACAGGGGAUGUGAUUUAUAGAAAUGACACAACUACAGGAUUCAUCUGCAGAAACAGAGACCAAUGGAGGGGGCGCCACUGUAAUGAUUAUCGUGUUCGUUUCAGCUGCCAUCCCCCUUUCUGUGGUGUACAAGUUUCCCACCAGUCAUCAUCUCUCUUUCAUUGCUCUGUGCAGCGUGCUCGACAGACUGGUUUGACAUAGAUAACCCCAGUGG